AUGAGUCUGAUUGCAGCUCAAGGCGAACCGACCGCACUUGACCAGCUUGGCAAUGUUGCAGAGGAUUGCAACAUACCGAACCAAGAGCACAUGGCCCAAAGAGACUCUUUACAGGCUCAUGAAGCCCAGGGUCAAGAUGGUGUGGCACCCGAAAAAAGGGAAAUGGGUUUACACAGUGAGGCAUCCCGGCCUAUUGGGAUAAAUCCCUCCCAGACCCAACGUCGCGUCAUCAGUAUCACCGACCUGCCCCUCGAGGUCCUGAGGGGCGUUUUUGAAUUCUUCCAGCACCCAGCUACUGUCGGGCAAAGUAUAAACCUGGAAUUAAUAGGAAUGGAAUUCGGCGUGGAUCAGCUUAGUGACAUUCAAAACUUGCGGCUUUCGUGCCAACUUUUCAACACGUUGGCGUCUCCGCUGCUGGUGCCCAUCAUCCGUGUUGAAGUAGAUCAACCAUCCCUCGAUCGUGUGUUGGCUCUCCGCGGAAAUCCGCUCGUCGCGGCUGGAGUUCUUGCCAUUCAGGUAGAGCUCAGAUACUAUUUCAACGUCGUGGCGGCUAGCCUUCUAGAAUUCGUUAGAUACCGCUCGAUCGAUCUUUAUAUCAUGCAGGACUAUCUUUUGCACCUUAAAAUUUUGGACAUAGCGAAUGCCAGACGAUCUGGCCAGGCAGUUUCGAAGGAGGUUCAUGAAAUGCGCGAACUUAGCUGGCAAAGAAGCAGAGCCUUCGCUUCUGCGUGUGAGCGACACGUUGGCGAGCAAUCGACUCAACACGACACCAGGCUUGAAUCACCAGCUGAGGGACCUGAUCCAGAUCUUGUCGAGCAAUAUUACGAGGUGAUUCGUGUGGCGUAUGAGAACUACAGAGUAAAAUAUCAUGACCAGCAUCGCAUCGCAACAGCGAAGUCGCUUGUCAACGAGUUGGCAAAGUCGCCGGGUGUGCCUCAGGAUUUCUGA